CAUUCGAACGCGUGCCGCCGUGUAGUCACAGAAAUAUUUUUUGAUUUUUUCAAAUCGAUUUUGAUUUUCGUUUUAUUAUUUGUCGCCAUAUAGUAAGCUAAAUCGAUAUUAUUGUUCAAACAAUUUUAGUCAAUUGAAAUGCGUAUUCAGCUCAUAGAAUUGUACUGAAUAAUAUAAACAAUUAUUCUUUUGGGACUGAGAAACAAACUACGAAGAAACAAAAAAAUUGCGUUCAGGGUUCGCAAGAAACAGCAUCGAAACUCUAGUCGAUCUUGUUUGGUAAAAAGUCUAAGAUGAAAGAAGUACCGGAAAAUAGACAAAAAACUUUAAGAAAUCAAGAAAAGGUCGACUACUUUGAUCCGUUUCUUGAGAGAAAUUUGGAACACCCAACCACGAACGGUGAGACCUUGACUCAUUUACUCAAAGCGUCUCUGGGAACCGGCAUCCUUGCUAUGCCUUUAGCUUUCCAGUGUUCGGGACUCAUAACCGGUGUAUUUGCAACAGUAUUUGUGUCUUUCGUGUGCACGUAUUGCUCCUACUCAUUGGUGAAAUGCGCUCACACGCUCUACAGGCGGACAAGAGUGUCGUCCAUGAGCUACGCGGACGUGGCUGAAGUGGCGUUCGCUAACGGACCCAAAUGGUCUCGAAAUUUCUCGUCGGUAACCCGGCAAUAUGUGCUUUGGUUGCUGUUUAUCACAUACUUCGGAACGUGCAGUGUGUAUACAGUGAUAAUCGCCUCAAACUUUGAUCAGCUGUUCACAUAUCACAUGGGUUACGAACUAAACCUCCGGUCCUUUAUUGCGAUGCUGCUCAUACCACUCAUACUGCUCAGCUACGUACCGAAUCUCAAGUAUUUGGCGCCCGUGUCUAUGGUAGCCAACCUGUUGAUGGCUACCGGUUUGGGAAUCACGUUUUACUAUACACUGUGUGACGUACCCAACAUUUCAGAAAGGCCGGCUAUGGGAUCAUUUGAAACGUUCCCAACGUUUUUCUGCCUCACCGUGUUUGCCAUGGAAGCCAUUGGAGUGGUGAUGCCAUUGGAGAACAAUAUGAAAACACCCAGAAACUUUUUGGGAGUUUUCGGCGUGCUGAACGUCGGCAUGGGUGGCGUGACCAUUGUGUAUAUUCUGCUCGGUUUUUUCGGUUACUUGAAGUACGGUGAAGCAACGAAAUCGAGUAUAACGCUAAACCUUCCCAUCGAAGAUGUUGCUGCUCAAGUAGCUAAAAUAUGCAUCAGUUUAGCCGUGUUCUGUACGUACGGUCUACAGUUUUUCGUUUGCUUGGAAAUCGUGUGGACCAAAAUCCAAGAAAACUUUGAAAAAGCUACAAUUUUCCACAAUUAUGUUUUGAGAACGGUUCUGGUAACCUUGUCUGUUGUGAUCGCUGUGGCUGUACCGACAAUCGGACCGUUCAUCGGACUUAUUGGUGCCUUCUGUUUUUCACUUCUUGGCAUCGUCGUGCCCGUGAUCAUAGAGUUUGCCACAUACUGGGAUGAUGUGACCAUUUGGAUGUCAGUCCGGAACGCAGUACUGAUCGCUGUCGGCUUCUUGGCGCUGGUCUUCGGCACGGCCAACAGCGUCGCAGAUAUUAUCACUGCAUACGACCCCGCCCAGGCCGUUAAGUGUGCUAUCAAUUCCACGUUGACCGAACCAAUCGCAGAAUGACCGGUAAUCCGGCUAUACCAUCCACCGUCCAGCCACACAGCAUUUUAGACUUCCAAUCGUGCCAAAAUGUUUAGUCGUGGUCGGGAUGGUUGGACGACGGGGACCGACACGGACGAGGGGAACUACAACGAUCAAUAAUCGUCGUAUUUUCCUCGGACUGGCGCCCGUUGACUACUGAGCAGAAAAGCGUAGAGACAUAAUAUAAUAUAGGUCAUAGGCAUGUAUAAUAAUAUUGUUUUUAGGCACAAAAAUGUAUCAUUUUAAUUUUAAAUUUUUUCUAAAAAUAUAUAAAACUUAUCAUUUUUAUUAU